GCUUCUGGUUAGAUCCGGGUUAAGCCACGCCCCCUGAGAUCUACCUGUUCAGCUCCUCGGUCUCACCUGGACGUUCAGCAGGACGCAAGAUGAGUCUACCGGACUACAAAUCAACCGGCAAACAAGCCUCAUCUGCGAUAUCACAAUCUCCCGUGGUCCAGCUGAAUGUCGGCGGCCACCUCUUCAGCACCACACUGAGCACGCUCAGGAAACACCCAGACUCCAAGGUGGCGGAGCUGUUCGCCGCCCAGUCCAAACUCUGCACCGACGCCCAGGGACGCUUCUUCAUCGACCGCGACGGUUCCCACUUUGGAGCCGUUCUGGAGUUCCUGAGGUCGGGGAAGCUGCCCACGGAGAAGAUCCAGGAGGUUUAUAAGGAGGCGGUCCACUACAACAUCACCCCGCUGAUCAAACGACUGGAGGAGACGCCUGAGCUGUUUGGAGAGCUGGUGGGGAGGCAGCAGUUCCUCUGCAGAGUCCCUCACUACAAAGAAAACAUCGAGGUUCUGAUCCGUAUUGCCAGAGCAGAAGCCGUGGCCACGCGCCACUCCACCAUCUUCAUCUGCGUCCUGCAGACGGAGGAGGACUUGGGCUUCUACGACAACGCCAUAAACAGCCUGGAGGCGGACAAGGAGUCUGUGGUGACGUUCGGGCCGUGGAAGGCGGCGCCGUCCGUCAGAGACCUCCUGGACUGUGUGAGGAUGGACAUCCAGAGCCGCGGCUACAAAGUGAGCAUCGAGCCCCACGUCCCCGAGCGCAGCUUCCUGUCCAAGAGCUACAACUUCUUCUACAAGCUCACCUUCACCUGGUGGUGAUGAGACGCCUGCUCGCGUGUUAUAAACAAAACUUUCUGUGGGUUACGAUUAAAGGGUUGCACUUCUGUUAAACCAAAGAUAAUGAGCUACACCUUCUGGUUCCCAUCCAGGAGAAUGUUUAAAUGAAAUGCAAUACGCAGGGGUUUGCAUUUUCUUUCAUGUAGGCAACGUUCGUCAGAAGCGUUUGAUGUCCCUGGUCGUCUUAACAUCAGGCCUACAGUCAUUCCCUUCAAAACGUGGUUGACGUCACGCAAGCGUUCGUGUUUUAUAGAACAUUUUCACAGCUUUCGGAGGGGGUUUCACUGUCUCCGGACAACACUGCGUCAAACUCAUGACAUUGGGCAACCGUCAACGCGCAGAAGAAACGAAAUGUGUGAAGAGGCGAAACAUGAACCAGCAUCCUGGCAAAAGCAGAGCAAGCCGCCCAAGAGUCGGCCAUGUAACAUUUAAAAGGCCAUGAAACCACAUCCUGUGACUUUCUUUUUCAUACAGAAUCUGCUGGUUGUCACACAAAACCACCAAGAUUCCUGGCCGUGGAGGCUUUGCUCUAGAAUAGAAAUUUAUGUAAUCUAUGUCGUGUAUCUGGGGGGAAAAGAAAAAUGUAUUCACAGAAUCUGAAUUUGAUGCUGAUUCAAACUUUUUGGUCAAAGCAAUAAAUGCGUCACAGUGUCUCCUUUGCAUCAGACUGAAAACAUCUGAUCUCACUUUAUAGAAACAGCCGUGAACAGCUGAACAAUGUCUCUGAUUGGUGCGUUGACCAUAAAAGACCAGUUUACAGCAGACCCCUUGACUUAAAAGAAGAGAGUAAGCGUCAUAAUGAAAGUUGCACUUUCAAGUCAAAAUGCAUUGUGUGGAACAGACUCGAUGAAAUAUGCUGACCGAUCUGUAUGAUGACAUGUUGGGAAUUGGCACUAUCCAAAUAAAACUGGAUAUUGAGUUGAACAUCCCAGGCUGAAUGUGAAACACGACCCGCUGCAGGAGUUUUACUGCUGAGGCUCAACAGCCUCACUUUCAGAGCGUCUAUAGAUUCUUUCUUUAGUGAAACCUUGGCUGUUCUGGUUCUAAUCUGACCCACUUUUUAUUGGGUUUAAAUUAUGUAACCAGUGAAUUUUCAAUCCAAACAUCUUUCUUUUUUCUUUUUUUCUUUUUGUGGCCCUGCUGACCUUUGUUUGAAAGUAGGCUGACAGGAAAUAGUGUUGACAGAGGGGCAAGAGAAGCGGCAAAGGUCCACGAGGUUG